AUGUCAGCUGCACAGGGUGACGUCAUAGUUGGCAACGUGAAAAGUCUUGUCAAUCGAUUGUCGAAGGAUUUUUCAGCCAGCAAGCCGCCACUUUCCGUUCAGGAAUCACGGAAGACGCCUCAGCCAUUGCAGCAUGUCAUAACAACGUUUGCUUACUCAGCUGCGCAAGACGAUGAGCUCUCUCUCGAGUUGGGUGAUAUCAUCGAGGUGUUAGAAGAAGUUGAGGAUGGUUGGAGCCGCGGACGUCAGUUACGUACCAAUAUCAUUGGCAUGUUCCCCACAAACUUCGUGAAACCGAGCGGUUCGAGUAUCAGAAGAGUUUCUUCGUCAACAAUACGAGAAGAGGAGAAAGUGGUAAUUAGAGCACCAGUGAAUGCCGAUCAACCGGAGGCGAAUCGGCGUACCCCUUCGGUUGUUGGAGGGGUGAAUACCGUUGCAGGGAAAGCUCAAACUGAGGUUAAGGAUGAGCCGAAAACCAAAGAAAUGGCCAGAGUCAAAUUCGAAUACGAACCUCAACAUAGUGAUGAACUGCGUCUUGGAGAGAUCGGUCAGCUAAUAACUAUUAUUCGAAAGGACUGUGGUGAUGCUGGAUGGUUUGAAGGUGAAAUCAAUGGUCGACGCGGUCUAUUUCCGGACAACUUUGUUGAACUUGUCCAAGUUCCCAUUAACACGCAGUCGGGGGUGGUUUACCAUACACCUCCGCCGCAACAUUUUAAAGUGGUGGCGAAACCUCCUAUGGUGAAUCCCGUAGGAAUGAUUCCGCCUGCUGUGCCAGCCAAACCGCUGAAACAAAAACUUUCUGAUAGUUCGAUGUCCAUCAAUGGAUCUAGUGCAUUAAUUCCAUCUACGACAACUGUAACCAAUCCAUCGCAUGUAAUGCCGUGCAAUGUAAAACACCAAAGCUCUGCUUUUGCAGCAGCAAGGGAUCGUAUUUCGAAGGUAGGAAUUUGUAUUGAACCAAUAUUUUUGUUUGUUAUUAAUAUCCUCUAUUUUCAAAGUGCCAUGUCUAGAAUUAUUUUAGGAUAUGAUUAUUGGGCAACCUGUACGUCGUUCGUUUGCUGA